AUGCUGAACCUCAAUAUCUUCCGGCUACUGGCCGAUCUCUCCCAUAUCUCCUCCAAAUGUGUCUUGAUAUGGGCUAUCCAUCGAAAUAAGAGUGCAGAAGGUGUCUCCCUUCUGACGCAGAUGCUCUAUGCUUUGGUGUUCGUGACUCGUUAUCUCGACCUUUUCUCGAAGGCAGGAUGGAGGCACUUCUAUCUCGUAUUCUUCAAGCUAUUCUACAUAAUCUCUUCAUUCUACGUUAUAUACCUGAUGAUGAGAGUAUUUCCCCGGACACGGGAAAGGGAGCGAGCGUGGAAGAUGGCUAUAAUAUCGGUCGCCCUAUCUCUGGUUCUGGCACCCAUAUCCAUUGUCAUCUUUUAUCGUGGUUAUCCCGAUAGAUGGUUCACAGAGACUUGCUGGACCUUCUCGAUCAUCUUAGAGUCCGUCUGUGUUCUCCCUCAGUUGUUGCUCCUGCGCCAAACGACCGUUCCAACAGUCAUCGAUUCAUACUACCUGCUUAUGCUGGGAUCCUACCGCGCCUUCUAUAUUCUCAAUUGGCUUGUGCGGGGACUGGGCUCUGAGGGUCACUGGGACGUGAUUGCAGACCUCUACGGUGUCAUCCAGACGGCUUUCUACGUUGAUUUUGCCUGGGUUUACUAUACCCGCCAACGUGUGAAGCUCCGAAAUGGCGGUGUUGUUGACUCGGAAGAUUUCCGCCACAGCUGGCUAGUGAGCAAGAUCCUGAACUUCCGGCAGCGGAGGAGUGCAGAUGAGGAGCAAAAUCUAAAUGAGGAGGACGUGGAGGACGAGGAGGUCGCUGGUGGCGGUAGACCAAGGAACAACCGCUGGGGAGCGAGAGGGAUCUCCGUCUCGGCUGACGAUACGCUGGGAAACCAUCGUGGGACAGGCCAAGACGAGAGUCUAGAAGGGUUCUUAGAAGAUGAAGAAGACGACGAUGACAAUAACGGGUACCCUGUUAACGGGGGCGCUCAUCCGAAGCAGUCAACCGGGGUAACGGGCAGUCACGAAUGA